UUCAAGUUGAUUUCAACGCCCACGCACCAGUUAUUGUUUUGUUUGAGAUGCUCAAGUUUUAUUACGAGCCCUUUUCUCAGCCUUCCAGGGCAGUAUGGAUGCUACUAGAAGCAACUGGAGUUCCAUAUACACCUUGCUAUGUAGACUUAGUGGCAGGCAUGUUCAUCUAUUGUGAUGCACUUAUAAAAAGCUUUAUAUAUGUAGGUGAUAAUAUGAAAGAGGAUUUUCUUAAAGUGUCACCAACUGGCAAGGUUCCUGCUAUCAAUGAUGAUGGAUUCUGCUUGAUUGAAAGUGCUGCAAUAUUAAAAUACAUUGUGACCAAGUAUCAAUUAUCAAACCAUUGGUAUCCCACAGCUGACCUGUGCAAAAGAGCAAAAAUUGAUGAAUACUUGAGCUGGCAUACAGAAAAUCUUAGACGUGGGGCGGGAAUCUACAUGUUUUAUAAGUACUUUAUCAAGAAAGUCAGUUUUGGCAUUCCUCCUGAUGAAAACAGAGCAGGAAGUGCUUUGCAAACGCUUCAUAAGAGUGUUAAAAUCAUUGAAAGUUAUUAUCUAAAAGACACUCCAUUCAUUCACAGUCAAGAGAUCACCAUAGCUGAUCUUCAAGCUUUAUGUGAACUAACUGAACUGUGGUCAGUGGAUGGUGAGAUUGAUCCUUUGAGAGAGAAUCCCAAGUUAAACGAAUGGCUGGAGAGAUGUACCAAAAUACUUAAUCCUGCUUUUGACAAAGUCCAUGCUCCAUUGCAUGAAGCUAGAGAAAAUGGAUUUUUUAAGGAGAAAAAUUAAUGAUGAUGAUAAUAGAUUUAGACAUUAUAUUCUAUACUGCUAUAAUUUUUUUAAUGAAUUAGAGUUUGAGUGCCCUUUUCCUUUUAUAAUUUCUUUAAUGUUACUAUAAACUGCAUGAAUUUUUUCUCUUUAAA